ACUAAAGCCGCAGCAAAUAAUUCGUAAUGGCAGCCGCUCCCGAGGAUCUGAGAAGUGGAGGGAUACUUUUUGGGGGCAGAAAUGAAGAUGACCAAGAGGAGGAUGACACACCUGCGGUUUUAUUGAGUGUUUUAGUGCAACAUGGGCAGUUGGGCCUCUGCUUCUAUGACAGUGAAGACUCUUCUUUACAUUACAUGGCAGAUACUUCUGAUAACCAUGAUCUCCAACUGUUGGACAGAGUCAUUCAGGAGGUUAAGCCCCAUGUGAUCAUUACCAGUGCAAAGCAGGAACGAUGCAUGACUCACUACCUGAAACAACUUGGGUCUAACCUACAAUAUAAACCAGAGGUGGUUAUUUAUCCAAAUGCUGAUUUUGGUCUGGAGGUUGGUAAGCAGAGACUACUCUCUGCCCACUUGCCUUUCCUUCCAGGCAGCAUUUCAGAUGGAGACAAAAUGUCCUAUCUUACAUCCUGCAUCACUUUUGAUUCACCCCUGAUGCUUAGGGCUGUUGGAGCUCUGCUAAAAUGUCUGGACAGGAGGAGAGUGGGAGUAGAACUGGAAGACAGCAGUGUUGGAGUUCCAAUUCUGCAGUUUCAUGCCUACACACUUAAAGGUGUGGUGUACAUUGACAGAGACACUUACAGUGUACUACAAAUUUUCAAAUCAGAUCUGCAUCCGUCAGUGUACAAGCUGCAAUCAGGUGAAAAGGAAGGCCUCAGUCUUUAUGGAAUUCUAAACCGCUGUAAGAGCAAGUCUGGGUCCAAACUUCUACGUCAGUGGUUUCUUCGCCCUACUCAAGAACUGACUGUGUUACGCAGAAGACAGGAAGUGAUACGUUUCUUUUCUUUACCGCGACACUCUGACAUCCUGAAAACACUGCAAGCCUCACUGCGCAACAUCAGAAACAUACCAGGUGUCCUGCGUCGUAUGACUCUCUCCAACAGCAAAGUGACUGACUGGCAGAGUCUCUACAAGACGGUUUGCAGCGCAGUGUGUAUCAGGGAUACGGUGCGAAACCUGCCUCAGUCCGUUCACCUCUUUCAUGAUAUCAGCGAAAGGCUCUCUGAUGAUCUCCACUAUAUCGCCAAUCUCAUCAGCCGAGUUGUGGAUUUUGAAGCCAGUUUAGAAGAGAAUCGCUUUACCAUCAAACCAAACAUCGAUCCCGCCAUCGAUGAGAAGAAGAGGAGGAUGAUGGGGCUGUCAGAUUUCCUAACAGAUGUUGCCAGAAAGGAGCUUGAAAACCUGGACCCUCAAAUCUCCUCCUGCUGUGUCAUUUACAUCCCCCUGAUUGGAUUCCUGCUCUCUGUGCCUCGGCUGCCUAGCAUGGUGGAAAAGGAGGAUUUUGAAAUGGCAGGGCUUGAAUUUAUGUUCCUCUCAGGGGACCGACUGCAUUACCGCAGUCAGAGAACCAGGGAGCUGGACAACCUCCUAGGAGACCUGCACUGUGACAUUAGAGAUAUGGAGAUGGCAGUGAUGACCCAGUUGCAGAACACAAUCCUGGAGAAGAGCACUUCUCUGUAUCAGGUUUUGGACCUCACAGCUGAGCUGGACUGUCUGAUGGCCAUGAGCAGUGCAUCUCAGGAAUACAGCUACACCUCGCCCAAGCUUACCAGCCAAAGAAAAAUUUCAGUCAUACAGGGCAGGCAUCCACUACUGGAACUGUGUUCCCCUGUGUAUGUGGCCAACUCCUUCCAGAGCUCUGAAUCCGAAGGCAGAGUUAAGAUCAUCACUGGCCCCAACUCUUCUGGCAAGAGCAUCUACCUCAAACAGGUGGCUCUGAUUGUGUUCAUGGCUCUGAUCGGCUCAGACGUCCCAGCAAAGGAGGCAGAGAUUGGUAUGAUGGAUGGGAUCUUCACCCGCAUGCAGAGCAGAGAGUCCAUCUCUGUGGGCCUCAGCACCUUCAUGAUAGAUCUCAAUCAGAUGGCCCUGGCUCUUAACUCCAGUACUGGGAACUCAUUGGUGCUCAUCGAUGAAUUUGGAAAAGGAACUAACUCAGUGGAUGGCCUGUCUUUACUGGCUUCAUCAAUCUCUCACUGGCUGAAGAAGUCUCUGGUAGAUGUUCCUCACAUCUUGUUGGCGACCAACUUCCACAGUCUGCUGCAGCUGGACCUGCUACCAACCAGUGGCCUUCUGUCGUUUCUGACUCUGGAGACGGCCGUGAAUGGAGAUGAGUUGGUCUUUCUGUUCCAGCUGAAGGAAGGAAUUUGCCAGUCCAGUUAUGCUGCCAACAUUGCUACACUGGCAGGUCUGCCAACUUGUCUUGUACACAGAGCUGUGGAGGUGUCUGAGCAUUACAGGACAGGGAAGCCCAUCAAACACAUUGACAAAGCAUCAUCAGAUGAGCAGACCAAGAGGUGCAGCUCUGUGGUGGCGAGGUUCCUGAGUCUCGACCUGGAGGACAAAGAUUUGGAUCUGCAGAGUUUUAUGAAAGAUGAGCUCCUGCCCUCUGCUGGAGAGAAGCUGAACCACAGCUGA